CGGAGCAGUUGCCGUACCAGGUGGUGAUACAGCCAGACACGAUGCUCUCCCUUGUGCAUCUGUUAAAGUUUGUGAGGGUUUUAGAUGACAAGCAAAUUUCUUCAGCCUCCUGAGAUUUAAGAGGUGCAGUUUCACCUUCACCACACUCUCUGUGUGGGUGGACCAUUUCAGAUCGUCAGUGAUGUGCACGCCAAGGAACUUGAAGCUUUCCACCUUCUCCACUGCGGUCCCGUCGAUAUACGUAAGUAUUCAGACUCUUUGAUAUGAGACUCAAAAUUGAGCUCCGGUGCAUCGUGUUUUCAUUGAUCAUCCUUUAGAUGUUUCUACAACUUGAUUGGAGUCCACCUGUGGUAAAUUCUAUUGUUUGGACAUGAUUUGGAAAGGCACACACCUGUCUAUAUAAGGUCCCAAAGUUGAGAGUGCAUGUCAGAGCAAAAAGCAAGCCAUGAGGUCGAAGCAUUGAAGCAUUGAAGGUCCCCAAGAACACAGUGGCCUCAAUCAUUCUUAAAUAUAAGACGUUUGGAACCACCAAGACUCUUCCUAGAGCUGGCCUUCCGGCCAAAUUGAGCAAUUGGGGGAGAAGGGCCUUGGUCAGGGAGGUGACCAAGAACCCGAUGGCCACUCUGACAGAGUUCCAGAGUUCCUCUGUAGAGGUUGGAGAACCUUCCAGAAGGACAACCAUCUCUGCAGCACUCCACCAAUCAGGCCUUUAUUGUAGAGUGGCCAGACGGAAGCGACUCCUCAGUAAACGUCACGACAGCCCGCUUGGAGUUUGCCAAAAGGCACCUAAAGGACUCACAGACCAUGAGAAACAAGAUGAAACCAAGAUUGAACUCUUUGGCCUGAAUGCCAAGCGCACAUCUGGUGGAAACCUGGCACCUGUGGGGAUGUUUUUCAGUGGCAGGGACUGGGAGACUAGUCAGGAUUGAAGGAAAGAUGAACGGAGCAAAGUACAGUGAGAUCCUUGAUGAAAAACUGAUCCAGAUCACUCAGGACCUCAGACUGGGGCGAAGGUCCACCUACCAACAGGAGAACAACCUUAAGCACACAGCCAAGUCAAUGCAGGAGUGAUUUUGGGACAAGUCUCUGAAUGUCCUUGAGUGGCCCAGCCAGAGCCCGAACUUGAACCCGAUCGAUCAUCUCUGGAGAGACCUGACCAUAGCUAUAUAGCGGUACCCUAUUCCCUAUGUAGUGUACACCUUUAGACCCUGAGGGCCUCUGUGUCUGCUCCCUGCCCUGAGGGCCUCUGUGUCUGCUCCCUGCCCUGAGGGCCUCUAUGUCUGCUCCCUGCCCUGAGGGCCUCUAUGUCUGCUCCCUGCUCUGAUGGCCUCUGUGUCUGCUCCCUGCCAUGAGGGCCUCUGUGUCUGCUCCCUGCCCUGAGGGCCUCUGUGUCUGCUCCCUGCCCUGAGGGCCUCUGUGUCUGCUCCCAGCCCUGAGGGCCUCUGUGUCUGCUCUCUGCCCUGAGGGCCUCUGUGUCUGCUCCCAGCCCUGAGGGCCUCUGUGUCUGCUCCCUGCCCUGAGGGCCUCUGUGUCUGCUCCCUGCCCUGAGGGCCUCUAUGUCUGCUCCCUGCCCUGAGGGCCUCUGUGUCUGCUAGCUGCCCUGAGGGCCUCUGUCUGCUCCCUGCCCUGAGGGCCUCUAUGUCUGCUCCCUGCCCUGAGGCCCUCUGUGUCUGCUCCCUGCCCUGAGGGCCUCUGUGUCUGCUCCCUGCUCCGAGGGCCCUUGUGUCUGCUUGCUGCCCUGAGGGCCUCUGCUCGCUGCCCUGAGGGCCUCUAUGUCUGCUCCCUGCUCUGAGGGCCCUUGUGUCUGCUUGCUGCCCUGAGGGCCUCUAUGUCUGCUCCCUGCUCUGAGGGCCCUUGUGUCUGCUCGCUGCCCUGAGGGCCUCUAUGUCUACUCCCUGCUCUGAGGGCCCCUGUCUGAAGCUGCCCUGAGGGCCCCUGUGUUUGAUACCUGCCCUGAGGGCCACCGUGUCUGCUAGCUGCCAUGAAUGCCUCUGUCAGUCCAGCCUCUUUUCAAUAAGCUUUGGCAUACAUUGUCUAAUUGUUUUGAUUAAUCCAAUCAACCUCUCUCUCUCUUCAAUUCCUCCCUCUCUCUUCCUCCCUCUAUCUCCUCCCCUCUUUCCCUCUAUACCUAUCCCCCCCCCUCUGCUCUCUCCCUCUCUUCUCUCCCUCACCCUCCCUCUCCUCUCUCCCACCAGUCCAUUCCUCCAUGCCAGGGUGAGAGAGGUUUUGUCAGACUGUGCCCUGCCCAUCUCGGUUUUGACAUUCUCCUUCAUCGGAUCCUACCUGUUCAACGACAUUGACCUUCCAGUAUUUAACUUCCAUAACGGUCCGAUGUUCAGCGUUGCUCCAGUUGGGAAGUUGUCAGUCAUGAACGUUUUGUCGGCCAUGGUUCUGGGCUUCCUCCUGGCUCUCCUCAUCUUCAUCGACCAGAACAUCGUGGUCUCUCUCACCAACGCUCCCGAGAACAGGCUGCUGAAGGGAACAGCGUACCACUGGGACCUGAUGCUCUCUGGGCUCAUCAACAUCCUGAUGUCUCUCCUGGGGUUACCAUGGAUACACGCAGCAUUCCCCCACUCCACCCUGCAUGUCAGACAGCUGGCCUUCGUAGAGCAGCGGGUGGAGGGAGGACAUCUAUAUGAGACUAUUGUCAGUGUAAAGGAGACCAGGCUAACAUCUCUAGUGGCCAACAUCUUCAUCGGUAUGUCAGUGUUUCUGCUACCGGUUCCUCUCCAGUGGAUCCCCAAACCUGUCCUCUACGGACUCUUUCUUUACAUCGCCCUUACAUCUAUAGACGGGAACCAGAUGUGUGACCGCAUGGCCCUGCUCCUUAAAGAACAGACGUCCUACCCCCCCGCCCACUACAUCCGUAAGGUUCCCCAGAGGAAGAUCCACUAUUUCACGUUUCUCCAGAUGAUGCAGCUACUGGUCCUGUGUGGCUUUGGCAUGUCCCCUCUACCCUACAUGAAGAUGGCAUUCCCUCUCUUUAUGGUACUGCUUAUACCUAUCAGGCCCUUAGCUCGAGACCUCCAAUGCGCCUCCACGGCCCAGUGUAUCCGGUGCCUCGGCCUCCUGCAUGUCUCCCCAGCCUGGUUUGUCCGGAGCUGCCAGAGUCGCCCUCCUGUCCUGGAGCUGCCAGAGUCGCCCUCCUGUCCGGAGCUGCCCGAGUCGCCCUCCUGUCCGGAGCUGCCCGAGUCGCCCUCCUGUCCGGAGCUGCCCGAGUCGCCCUCCUGUCCGGAGCUGCCCGAGUCGCCCUCCUGUCCGGAGCUGCCCGAGUCGCCCUCCUGUCCGGAGCUGCCAGAGUCGCCCUCUCCCAUCCCGCACCAGAGCCGCCACCGCGGAUAGAUGCCCACCCAGACCCUCCCAUAUAGGGUUAGGUUUUGCGGCCGGGGGUCCGCACCUUUGGGGGCGGGUACUGUCUCGCCCUGACCUUAGAGAUCCUUUUUAUGUCUCUAUUUUGUUUUGGUCAGGGCGUGAGUUGGGGUGGGCAUUCUAUGUUUUGUGUUCUAUAUUUUCUAUUUCUUUGUGGUUGGCCGGGAAUGGUUCUCUGUCUUUCGUUGUCUCUGAUUGGGAACCAUCCUUAGGUACCCUUUUCCCACCUGUGUUUGUGGGAGGUUGUCUCUGUUUAGAGCACUUUGCUUUUGAGCUUCACGGUUUGUUUUUGUAGUGUUUAGUUUGGCAUCAUUUUGAUUCAAAUAAAGAAAAUGUACACCCAC